CCAUACACCACUAUGUGAUCCGAAGGGGUGCGCGGACUGGAGUCAAUUUGAGGAAGUAGAGCAACAGGUUAUGCAAGAGUAGCUAAACGCCGCCCAUCAGGUGUGUUCUUGCUCGAAAAGGUGACUAAAAAAUUUCCACCACUGUGGGUGGGAAUGGAAUGGAGUGAGUCGGAGUUUCACCCCACCGACUUUUCCUUUUUUUUUUUUUUUUUUUUUUUUUCCUGCGGACAUCCAUGCCUGCCCACAUUGUCCGUACACGAAGGGACUGUCCGAGUUGAGGCGGCAUGUUUAUCAGUCUCAUGUUGCCGUCAUGGCUUCUCCUUGGAGGAUUCCUACUGUCAGGAGUGGCACACGUCUCAGGGAUUGAGAUCUACGCUCCCCCUCUGAUAGAAGCAGUAAACGGGACGACGGUAAAACUCAAGUGCACCUUCCGCUCCAGUCAUCCUGUAUCGGCCCAGUCCGUUAGUGUUUCCUGGAACUUCCGUGCUCCGGAUUCUAAAACGGAAGAGUCGGUGUUCUACUAUCAGGAGACAGCGCACCCUCCUCCGAGCGGACGCUUUAAAGGCCACGCGGUGUGGUCAGGGGAUAUUGCCAGGAAUGACGCCUCCAUCACCCUGCAUGAGGUGCCCCCAACAUUUAACGGCACGUACAUUUGCAGCGUGCGAAACCGCCCAGACGUGCAUGGAAAUAACCCAGAAACGGUCCUAAGAGUCGUCGCCCAAGCUUCCUUAUCCGAAAUCAGCAUCCUGGUCAUAGCAGUCGUUGCCAGCUGCGUGUUUAUCCUCAUACUCCUCGGCAUCUUCGUGGCCGUGAAGGUCUACAAGAGGAGGCGGAAGGGCGAAGCCGAGGACGAGGACUUAGAGAUGAACCCAAGGGAGCCUAAACGCAAGGACCCGACCGUGUGUAAACCUGAAGAAGCAGUUCAUCUGACUGUUGUUGAGGAGAAACUGGAAGUUGAUAGCUCUGAUGAUGAAGAGUCCGAGCCCAGCAGUGGAGACGAUGACGAUGAAGACGGCAGUGAGGAAGAGGAUGAUGACGAUGACGACGACGAUGAUGACUAUGACGACGACGAUGAUUGAAUGUACCAAAAUUGCGAGAGACAUCUCUAGGUUCUGAUGCAACUUUGCUCCAAAGCACAACGCUCAAAAUCCAUUUUAAAGCAAUAAAACUGGCCACUGGAGGGCAGUAGUGCAUUUGUUAGGAACUCGGACAAUGAAAGGAAGUGAGGAGAGGAGGUGUAAACCGCGGAACGAAUGGACGGGUUGCACGGCUGGUGGAAGAUGACCGAAUGGAUGAUCAGGAGAACGUCCAGAAUGCCAGGUGUGGGAAGUCAGAGUAGGACAAUCGGGAGGACGUCCGGGAUGCCAGCUGAUGAACGACCAAGUGCGACGACCAGGAGGACGUCCAGGAUGCCAGGUGGCAAACGACCGAGCUGAACAAUCGGGAGGACGUCCAGAAUGCCAGGCGUUGGACAACCGAGCAGAAUGAUCAGGAUCAACAGUGUAGCGGAUGAUGUUGUUGAGUCUGUGAGUUUUCGUUGCCGUUUUCUGACCAUAACAUAUUCCCCCAGUCCUCUUCUGGAUCAUCCAAAUGCUCUCUAGCGAACCGCAGACAGGCCUGGACGUGUACUUUCUUCAGCAGGGGGACAGGUCUGGCAGUGCAGGAUUUGAGUCCUUGGCGGCGCAUUGUGUUAUUGAUAGUAGCCUUUGUUACUGUGGUCCCAGCUCUCUGUAGGUCAUUCACUAGGUCCCCCCGUGUGGUUCUGGGAUUUUUGCUCCCUGUUCUUGUUAUCAUUUUGACACUAUGGGGUGAGGAGGGAGUUGAAAGUCCGUGUUUCCCAACGACAGCCCCAAAACAUAACUGCUCUAGAGGAGAUCUGCAUGGAGAAAUGGGCCAAAAUACCAGCAACAGUGUGUGAAAAGCUUGUGAAGAGUUACAGAAAACGUUUGGCCUCCGUUAUUGCCAACAAAGGUUACAUAACAAAGUACUGAGAUGAACUUUUGGUAUAGACCAAAUACUUAUUUUCAACCAUAAAUUCUUUAAAAAUCAAACAAUGUUAUU